AUGCUCUUACAGAAGCUUCUCAUCCUAGCAGCAGCUUGGCAAACCUCCUCCGCCGCCCUCGUGGGGCAUCGCCUACAAUCCCGGGAUGGCUUUCAAGUCGACAGUUACGCAGCUCUCGGAGACUCCUUCGCUGCGGGUCCAGGUGCUGGUCCUGAAUACGACCAUGGUAGAGAAACUUGGUGCCAUCGCCACGAAGGCUCUUGGACUCGCCAAGUCGCCGCUGAUGAUAUAUUGCGCAAGGGCAGGGACACUAUCGACGCAUUCGGUUUCAUUGCUUGCACAGGAGCCCUGACCAAGCACGUCUUCAAAGAACCACAGUCUGAAGACCUAAACGAUGCAAGCGACCCCAUCCCGACCCCACUUCCGCAAGCCCAGCGCAUCAACGGCUUCUAUCCACAGCUUGUUACAUUGUCGAUCGGUGGAAAUGACGUCGGGUUCAGCUACCUGCUUGAUCAAGAUACCGAAUAUUGCAACAAUGUCACUUUCGAGCUCUGGUGCCAAGAUGAGAAGUUCUUGCCACUCACGAAAGAUCAGCGGACACAGAUGAACGAGCUGAACCUCAGGCUCAACGAGAAGAUCCAAUCAGUUAUUGAUGCAAAUCAGCCUGAAAGUGGCAGGAUAACAUAUGUUGAUACAGACCCGUACUUCGAAGGGCACCGUUUCUGCGAGGAGGGUGUCAAAGAACCGAGCUAUCGAAAUAAGAACAUUUGGUUCUUUCCUUGCGAAUUCUACACCAAGGUAGAGACAAACUUCACUGUCAGCGAUACCACACCCUCCGGCGACUGCCAAGCCAUCUUGGAUAGUGGUGGAGGACCUGGAAACUAUUUCACAUGUUUAAUCGCAAACGAGGCCCAGAACGGAACAUCAAUUGAUCUCUUGGCCCUUCCUAACAACGUCGCAACCGAUAAUCCAAACGAGCCCGAUGCGGCAUCGCUCUGGCUGUGGCUCCUCCGGACUUUCCACCCUACCGUUCAAGGCCACGAGGCCUACAAGAAUGCAUUCUUUGCUGCGUACCAAGGUCUUGAGGGCACUGCAACACCUACCUCCGAGCUGUCCUGCAAUGACCUGGAAAACAAGUAUGUUGCAAAAGACGCGCUCCUCGAUCUUAUCGACAACACCUACUGUCCCAAGUUAGAAGGCGCUACUGGCUCUAUCGGCACUGGGCAUUAUUUCCCAAGUACCCCCGAGGCAGUCGAGAUUGGCGUCACCAGCAGACUCACCGCGGGGCCUGUACCUACCGUGGAAGAGUGCAAGACCAAUCUUCACAAGAUAUCAGACGAGUGCAAUAACGACAAAUCGAAAAACCCAGUGGGCUGGAAGGCUGGUGGAGAGUUCGAGAUCAACGGCUGGAGAUUCACCAUCACACCCACGGGUCAGCGGCCUUCCACACCGAAAGCAUGGUGCAAGAUCGAGAACUGCCAAAACGGAGAGAAGUGCACCGCAUCUAUCUGGGGGGCGGGAUGGCUCAGGAACGACCACGGCGAAAAGCUGCGCACGGCCUUCGCAGCCCAACAGGCCGUGUACAGCGAAUUGAGAUACGAAAAUUCACUGGGCGACAGCAAAGGUAUCGACAUGAGCCAAUGGGAUUUCAAGUACGAAGCUUUGGAUGGGCACGAGUGGCAUGCGAGUCUGUUGUUGGAUCUGGGUCUUCGCUUGCCAUACAAGAGAACCGUUACCGAUGCUUUGCGAUCUGCCGCUGGUGACGGUCUUGAGAUCGGUAAUGGCGGCGAUUGCGAGUCAGAGGUCAACUACUAA